AUGACGGAGGCUCUCACCAAAACUGACCUGCAAGGUGCCCUGCCCCUGGUGGCCAGCGGCAAGGUGCGCGACCUGUAUGAAAUUGACGAUAAGACGCUCCUUUUCGUCGCAACUGAUCGUAUCUCCGCCUACGAUGUGAUCAUGGAGAAUGGAGUCCCCAAUAAGGGCGUUCUUCUCACCCUCUGCACCAAAACCUGGUUCAAAAUUCUCUCCGACGCCAUCCCCUCACUGCGAACCCACUUCCUCACCCUCGACCUCCCACCCCAGAUCCCCGAUUCCCUGCGCCCAGUCCUACAGAACCGCUCCAUGCAAGUGCGUAAGCUGCGCAUUCUCCCCAUCGAAGCUAUCGUCCGCGGCUACAUCACCGGCUCCGCCUGGAAGGAGUAUCAGAAGUCCGGCACUGUGCACGGCAUACCCAUCCCCGCUGGCCUGCAGGAGAGCGAGGCUUUCCCCGAUGGCCCCAUAUACACCCCUAGUACGAAGGCGGAGCAGGGAGAGCAUGAUGAAAACAUCCAUCCCGACCAAGCCGUUGCGAUCGUCGGCGAGCAGUACGCGGCCAAGAUCGCCGAGCUAGCGGUGCAGCUGUACAAAGUUGCGCAUGCAUAUGCCCUUGAGCGCGGGGUUAUUAUUGCUGACACUAAGUUUGAGUUUGGUGCGGAUCUGGAGACUGGUGAGGUUGUCUUGGCCGAUGAGGUGCUCACACCGGACUCGUCCAGGUUUUGGCCUCGGGAUUCGUAUACUAUUGGACGGGGCCAAGCCAGCUUUGAUAAACAGUUCUUGCGUGACUGGUUGGUCAAGGAGGGGCUGAAGGGUAAGGAGGGGGUGCGGAUGAGUGAGGAGGUUGCCAAGGUGACUGCGGCUAAGUACCGCGAGGCGUGGGAGAAGAUUACCGGUGGAAACUAG